UCAACACUAAAAGUCAGUGGAUCGCAUCGGGCACCACUCGCACAUGUUUUUGAAGCGUCAAAACAAAUUUCCAGCAUAGUAAAAGUGUUUGCAAUAGAAAAAUUCAACGUUUUGAUUUGAGAAACUUGGGAUAUUUCAUUCAUUAGAUUUUAAAUUUCUAAAAGAUAAGACAACAAAAUGACAGUACGAACGCCAGCGAAAGAAAUUCGAGAAUUGGAAGCUGACACAGAAGAAUUGGAGCAGGAAUCCGAAGCAUCGGAUGCCGAAGAGUCGGACAAUGAGGAGGAAAUGGCGAGCGACAAUGAAAGUGAUGAAGCCGACAAUGAAUUCGAUGAUAAUGAGAGCGAGGGUGAUGAUGAAGCAGACAACGAUGAUGAAGGCAAUGCCGGUUGGGCCGAUGCAUUUGCAAAAGUGUUGCAGCAAGAGAAACCGAAAAAUAAGAAAUAUUUGGUAUUGUCAAAGGCAACGAAAUUAGCGGAUAAAAAAGAGAAAGAUGAUGCUGAUAAAAAAGUAACAUUCGAAAUAGAUGGCAAAGGUGAUGACGACGAUGAUGAUGAAGAUGUGAAACCAGAGUUAAAUGAAGAAGACGCGAAACCCACGAGUAAUGAAUUGGAACUGGCAUUGAUUGCACGUAAAGAGCGAAGCAAUAAGCUGUUACAAUUGCGAGUUAAACCGAGUGCAAUGGAUCGAGAACGUGAACGAGCACUCAAGCGUAUCUCGACCAAAGGUGUCGUCCAGCUAUUUAACGCAGUGCGUUCACAACAACGCGAUUUGGUGCAUCGAUUAGAAAAGGCCGGCCCACUCGAUCACAGGCGCGACGAAGUGCUGAACAAUGUUAACAAACGACAAUUCUUGGACAUGUUGAUGGGUGGAAAGCGUGCCAAAUCCGAGAAUGUCGAUAAUCCAAUCAAAGAUGAAAAAGAAGAUGGCUCAAAACCAUCACAGUGGAGCGUGCUGCGAGAUGAUUUUAUGACCAACAAAAAACUGAAGCACUGGGAUGAAGAUGAGGGUAGCGACAAUCAAGCUGUUGAUAAUAACGAUAUGGAUUCCGAUUCUGAUUGAUUGAUGAAAGAAAUAAAGUUUUAUUUUUACAAUUUAGCAA